AUGUCUCAGCACAAAUCAGAAACUCAUUCCUUACGUUUCGGCCAAGUGGUGAUCGGACCGCCAGGUUCGGGUAAAACCACUUAUUGUCAGGCCAUGCAGGAGUUCCUAACCCAUCUCGGGCGCAAGGUAGUUGUAGUAAACAUGGACCCGGCCAAUGAUAGACUACCCUACAAUUGUGCCGUGGAUAUCUCCGAGUUGGUCACUUUGGAUGAUGUCAUGAGCGGCAUGAAGCUGGGGCCCAAUGGCGGGCUCCUCUACUGCAUGGAGUAUGUGGAGGCCAACCUGGACUGGUUGGAAAACAAACUGAAGGAACAUCCGAACUCCUACUUCUUGUUUGACUGCCCUGGGCAGGUAGAGCUCUACACACACCAGACUUCAGUGAAAAACAUAUUCUCGCAGUUGGGAAAGUGGAAUUUCAGGCUAACAUGCGUCCAUCUUGUGGACUCACACUACUGCGCAGACCCAGCCAAGUUCAUCUCUGUACUUUGCACCUCACUGUCCACUAUGCUGCAUGUGGAGCUCCCUCAUGUCAACAUCCUCUCCAAGAUGGACCUGAUUGAGCAGUAUGGUAAACUAGCAUUCAACUUAGAUUUCUACACUGAAGUGAUGGACCUGACGUAUCUUCUCGAUCACCUGGCUGCGGAUCCCUUCUUCAAAAAAUUUCAUCACCUAAACCAAAAGCUGGCAGAGGUCGUUCAAGAUUACAGCCUUGUUUCGUUCGUGUCCCUAAAUGUUCAGGACAAAGAGAGCAUGAUGCAGGUGUUGCGGGCCGUAGACAAGGCCAAUGGCUGCUGCUUUGGAGACCUGGAGGAGAGGAAUCUUCAGGCCAUGAUGUCAGCCGCCGUGGGGGCAGACUUCCAGUUCGGCUCCACACUUGGAGUUCAAGAGCGGUACUUCGAAACUAGUGGAAAGACUGUGGAGGAAGAGAUGAUGGACCUUUGA